GUACGGGCGAAGAAUGAAUCGCGGCCGCCACGCAGUAUGUGUCAGCAUUGUUCUUAAUCUUCUCUAAAUACCCUUAACCCAAUUGAAUUAGAAGGGCACACCCCGCGGGCUCUGGAGUCGGUGUCGCUUGUAUUUUCUUUUCGAUUCUCUUUUCGUGCGUGAAACGCGAAGAGCGGGAGUGCGCGUUCCAUUAUCUUUCCGUCGUUUCGUUUUUUUUUUUUUUUUCAUUCACUGUUCAACAGAAUAAUAGAGAAAACGCUUUGCUUUCAUGUAUUAUAUCCGAGAGAAUAUGAACAAUAUCGGUGUUUUCGUUAUCAAAAUUCCGGAAUAAUUAUCAGUUCCAUUUUUUUGAUACUAAUCUAAACCGUUAAUACGUACCGUUCAUUGAAUUUAAUUUUCUGCUUCACGCGCUAAUCGUUAUCAUUACGUCCAUCUCGCGCAUACAUUGCACAGAUUUUUUUACUUCGAUCCAUUUAUUUUUCCCUGUACAUUUUCUUCUUUCUUUCUUUUCUUUUCUUUUUUUUUUCUUUUUUUUUUUUUUUCUUUUUUUCUUUUUUCAAUACGAUAACACACACGACAAGUGAGUUUCUUUAAGAGAAGAGUAACGAUUGUCGAGAAGACGAACGAACUUUCUAAAAAGAUGUUGAGCGAGCAAGUGGAUUGAUCUACAGUGAAAAGAUAAAAUUCUGUCUAAAACUCAUCCGAUCAUUUUGGGUGGCGACCUCGGAGGGAAACUGCUCUUCGUGUCAUGAUCGCGCGAGGGUGAAAGAGGAGAGAGAGAGAAAAAAAAAAAAAAAAAAAAAAGAAAGCGCAGCAGAAUGGAACUAAUGGCGCGUCGAUUGCACUGCUAUCGGAAGGAAGCUAAUGCACGUCACGUAACGCGUUUCUAAGGUAUCGGCCGAGGUUUCGGUAAGCUGAACGUGGGCAAAGUUCACGAGAAUGGAGCAUUUGGAUGAGAAUCGAACCUCUGGAUCGGCAAACAUCGAGGCGACGACUGGUAGCGCGGAAAAUGAAGAUGGCUUCGAUCUCGACGAUCUUUUACCGAUCGUCGGUGAAUUCGGCCGUUAUCAGAAACAACUUCUCUGGCUCGUGUGCCUUCCGGCGUGUCUCCCAUGCGGCUUUUGCGCUUUCAACCAGCUGUUCAUGGCCGACACGCCACCCCACUGGUGCAAAAUACCGGGGUUGGAGAGUCUGGAUGUCUCUCGAAGAAGGAGACUCGCGAUUCCGACCAUUCAGGACGACAAUGAAACGUACAGCCAAUGCACGCGAUACGAUAUCGAUUGGACAGCGGAAAACAUUUCCGUCGUGACAACAGCCUCGUUCGUGCCAAAUUCAUCGUGGCCGAUUGUUCCAUGCGAUCAUGGUUGGGAGUACGAGACGUCGGAAGUGAAAUCUUCUAUCGUUAUCGAUUUUAAUCUCGUAUGCGAUUAUGCGAUUUAUCCAACGAUCGGAUUAGUCGCUUUAAACACAGGUGGACCGAUCGGGGUGUACCUUUUCGGUACCUUGAAUGACAGAAUUGGCAGAAGAUUGUCCUUCUUCACGUGUCUGGCCACUCUGAUAACCGGUGGAUUUUUAACAUUCAUAUCGAACAGCUUUUGGACAUGGGCCGCAACAAGGAUGGUCGUCGGUUUGACCAUCCCAGCCAUUUAUCAAAUUCCCUUUAUCAUAUCUUUGGAACUGGUUGGUCCAAAUUAUCGAUCAUUCGUGACAGUGAUGACUUGCAGUUUCUAUACAAUGGGAUUGUGUAUGCUGGCCGGUGUCACGUACUUGAUAAGAGAUUGGAGAACGUUAGCCAUAGUCACGAGUGCGCCAUUUCUUUUGUACAUCUUAUACUGGUGGUUUUUGCCAGAGUCACCGAGAUGGUUGUUGGCGAAAGGUCGGUUGGGCGAGGCGAACGAUAUCUUGGAACGAUUGGCAAAAGUAAAUGGAAAAGAGUUGCCGCUUUCUUUCACGCAAAAAUUACGACAACGUAUGAUGAUGUCACGGUCCAAAAGUGAAGAAGAGAGAUUACGUAGCGGUCCCGGUGUUUUAUCACUCUUCAAAACUCCAAACAUGCGAUUAAAAACAUGUUUGAUCACUCUAAAUUGGUUCGCGAACAACAUGGUCUACGUUGGAUUAUCGUAUUAUGGGCCAGCAUUGGGUAACGAGGAACACUUGAGCUUCUUCUUCUCAUCUCUUGCCGAGAUUCCGAGCUACAUGGCUUGCUGGGUCGUGAUGGAUCGAUGGGGUCGCCGUUGGCCUCUUUGCUUGAGCAUGGUGGUGGCUGGAAUCUCGUGCAUUACCACAGUUCUUUUGUCACCCGAUGCGGUUGUGACCACGCUAAUUCUAUUCCUCUUAUCGAAAUCCGCGAUAUCGGCCUCCUUUCUAAUUAUAUAUCCGUUCGCCGGUGAACUUUACCCCACGCAAUUGCGCGGCGUAGCGAUCGGUUUCUCCGCCUACAUCAGUGGUCUCGGACUAAUAAUCAUUCCCUUUGUUACGUAUCUCGGCAAGGAAAACUUGGUGCUGCCCCUCGUAAUUCUUGGCGUCGUAUCUGUAAUCGGCGGAUUGUCAGGCCUGCGUUUGCCCGAGACUCUGCAUCAUCGAUUGCCCCAAACCGUCGAGGAAGGGGAAUUGUUCGGCAAAGAUUGGACUUGUGCAGAUUGUUUUCGUUGCGUUCCAACCAAACCUUCGUCGGCCGCGGCGUCUUACGAGGAUCUGUCGGCGAGAGAGACGGUGGAGAUGCACGAAGUACCCGAGGCACCGAUACCUCAAAGGCUGUUGGAGGAUCAGCAAAGACCGAGCGUGCGUCGGCUGGUUCGUCAAUCCAGCAUGAUGGACACGCAGCGUGAUUCCGACGGGUCCAUUAAGAUGACUUAUUGGUUUUAG